GCCUCCUCCUCCAUUCGCUCAUCUCAGUGUCCGGUCGACCCACCCCCCCCCAUCACCUCUCCUGCCCGUGCGUCACUUCCUCUCGUCUCGCUCCGCUGUCGCCAUGGGUGUCACGAAGCUGAAUAACAAGGAGGAGUACAAACAGAUUUUGGAGCAGAACAAGCACAAGUUGGUUGUAAUCGAUUUCUCGGCCACAUGGUGUGGUCCGUGCAAGGUCAUCUCUCCGAUCUUUCAUGACUUUGCAAAUGAGUACCACAACGUAGUGUUCUGCGUGGUGGACGUGGACGACGCUGCGGAUAUUGCCGAGUUGUGUGGCAUCAAGGCAAUGCCCACGUUCAUUUUCUUCAAAAACAACGAAAAGGUGGGGGAGGUGAUGGGUGCCAAUAAGGAUCACCUGGAGAAGACGUUAAAGGAGCUGAUGUAAAUGCAAUGAGUAAACUCAGCAGAUUGCCUUCAUUUUAAUUAUUUUUGCCUAUUUUUCCAAUAAAGACCCUGAUUUAUUCUCUUCAUAUGGCGCCAACAGCUUCUGCUGCGAGAACAAUUUGAAGGAGCUUUUAAAAUGAAAGAAAAAAAACCUGAUGCUUAAAUAACAAAACUCUAACUGUGGGAGGUAGAAAGUCUUACUAAAGAGGUGAAGGUGUCUUUGUCCUGACAUUUGCUGUAAAUUAAAUUUGACUAAAAUGCUGUUGUAACCUUGCCGUUUUUUUUCACGAUGGGAGUUUUGGCCGUAGACAUCGUGUGCACGGCUGAAUGGUGCAGAUAUGGAUGAGACGAGUCUCAAAUUAACACUGGACUUAUGAACAAUUGUUUUUUGGGCUGAUAUUUCAUUGUAUUGAUGGAGUAUACAUCUAAGCGUUUGAGGCUGUAUGUGAAAUUUAAAAUAAAAUGAAUUUGGUAAUCUGC